AUGUCAGCCAAAGUGUUUCGAAAACCCGCCGGCGGGGACGCUUCCCUAUUAUCUCCUUCGAAUUACGACGAUGAUGCACCUUCAAUAAAUUCGGAGCGCAGUGAUCACGACGAUGACAGUGAUGAUGAUAAGGUACUCAAUGGGGCACGAACGUCUGCGGACGUUAGGAGAUACGACCGAGGUGUACUAGAAGAGGAGGAAGAAAGGGACGAGCUGUUAGAAAAAAGUCGACAAGGCGGAAUGAGGAGAGAAAGCGCAUUAGAAGGUAUAAGCUCGGGACUCCGAGGUCUAUGGAGUAAAAGUCAUGUUCUGCUACCUGGAACCGGCAUUGAAGGUUCCGCAAACCAAAACAAUGAAGCCGAACCGGAAGAUGAACGGCGCCAGAGGAAGAUUAGAAGGCAAAGGAAGAAGGAGAAAUUGAUGGAGGAUGCAAGUUACGGCGAAGAUGGAGAGUUAAUGAUUGAAAUGGAAGGGGGGCGCAUAAAAGAAGGCAGUGCGACAGGUUCAAGCAGCGAAACCGACGAGAGCGAUGAUGCCGACAGACGUGGGUUGCUCAACAUACAGGAUGAGAAAUCACAGCGGAAGAAGACGAGAUGGGCUUGGUGUGCUAUAUAUAUCCUGAUCAUAAUUGGAUUUGCAGCUCUGUUAUUGGUGACAUGGAAACUGUCGCUGAAAGCACGCUUCACGAAAGAACAUCAAAAUAUUCUAAGCAAUGGCACGGCUUUAUUCGCCCCAACGACGAUUCUGAUAAGCUUGGACGGAUUUCGCGCUGAUUUCUUGAAGCGGGGCAUUACUCCUAGAUUGAAUGCCUUUGUCGAGGAAGGAAUUUCGCCUGUCUACAUGAUGCCUAGUUUCCCCUCUGUCACAUUUCCAAAUCAUUAUACGUUGGUUACUGGCCUUUACCCAGAAUCACACGGGGUUGUGGGAAAUACAUUUUGGGAUAAGGAACAACAAGAAGAAUUUUACUAUACUAAUUCCGAAGCAAUGGACAAGAAAUGGUGGGGCGGUGAACCUCUCUGGGUCACUGCUGAGAACCAAGGAAUCAGAACUGCCAUUCAUAUGUGGCCAGGGAGCGAAGCACAUAUCAUGGAUGUGGAACCGGCAUACUUAGAUAAAUACAACGGGAAAGAAUCGCUCCCCAACAAGGUCAGCCGAGUACUUGAGCUUCUGGAUAAGCCUGGUCAGGAAGACAGUCAAGCAGAAAUAGCUGAUAUGAGACCUCAACUCAUUGCAGCAUACGUGCCCAAUGUUGAUCAGCAUGGCCAUCUUUAUGGGCCAAAUAGCACUGAAAUUAGGACAACGAUAACAGAGGUUGACACUAUGCUUGAUCAGCUGUUUCAAGGACUCGAGGCAAGGAAUUUGACAAACAUCGUUAACGUUGUCGUUGUUUCAGAUCAUGGAAUGGCUACUACGGACACAAAUCGUCUAAUUCAACUGGAAGAUAUCAUUGAUACCAGUCUAAUCGAGCACACUGAUGGCUGGCCCUUAUAUGGACUUCGGCCGAAGAAUACUGCGCAUAUUCAAGGUCUUUACGAUACCCUGGCUGCGGAAGCUGUCACUAAUCCCAAUUUUGAGGUCUACCUACGUGAUGUCAAUAUGCCUGAACGUUAUCAUUUUUCCAAGAAUGAGCGAAUCGCCCCUUUAUGGAUUAUCCCAAAGACUGGUUGGGCGAUUGUCACGAAAGAUGAGUUCAAUGUAGUUGAAGGCAAGGCAAAGGGUAUUGACUAUCAUCCUCGAGGGUUACAUGGUUACGAUCACGAACAUCCGCUCAUGAGAGCCAUUUUUAUCGCUAGAGGCCCUGCUUUCCCACACGAGCCAAAUAGUUGCGUGGAGCCUUUCCAAAACAUUGAGGUUUAUAAUAUCAUCUGUGACUCUCUGGCCCUUACACCCAAGCCCAAUAACGGCACAUUGCGUCUCCCACUCAAGCCCAUUGGGUUUCACUCGCCCGAUAAUUCUCCUCCCGAACCCGCUGAUCCAGAGCCGACCCCUUCAAAAUUGGACUCUCCGGCAAAUGGGACUCUAUCUAUAUCGCCAAUUGAAGCUAGUUCCGCUGCAGAUCCUAAUAUAAUCCCUCCGCAUAUGGUAGGCGUCGACACACCAGAAGACUCGGAAGAUCUAGAUGUGAAUAGGCCAGUAGGAGGAGACGAGAGUGGUAUGACGGAAGAUGAGAAACAUUGGUGGGCAUGGUUCAAAGGGCAGCUAGAUGACUUCAAAGGCUGGGUUUCCGAUCUGACACAUGGAAGUGGGAAGAAUGAGACGCAGGCGCAGGUGUAG